GUUGUUCAGUGAUGUACUAUCAUUGCGAUCUAUCUUUGUUACGCACGCCUGCUGAGACAGUUGAGUCUUUGCUGUGUAACUUAACCACAAAAAAGGAGUGAAACAUGUUUGGGGCAGGAGCGGCACCUAUCUUAGUUCUAAGCCAAAAUACGAAGAGGGAUGCCGGCAGAAAGGUUCAGGUGGAGAACAUAGGAGCUGGAAAGGCAAUAGCUGAUGUUAUAAGAACAUGUCUUGGGCCACAAGCAAUGUUGAAAAUGUUAAUGGAUCCAAUGGGAGGAAUUGUUAUGACUAAUGAUGGCAAUGCUAUUUUGAGAGAGAUAACAGUGCAACAUCCAGCUGGCAAGUCUAUGAUAGAAAUAGCACGUACACAGGAUGAAGAGGUUGGAGAUGGAACCACAUCAGUCAUUGUUCUGGCAGGUGAAAUGCUUGGUGUAGCUGAACAGUUUUUAGAACAGCAGAUGCAUCCAACAAUUAUUAUUAGGGCAUAUAGGCAAGCGUUGGAGGAUGCCGUGUCAAUACUGCAAGAACGCAUAAGUGUCCCAGUUGAUACAAGUGACCGCAAGAAAAUGUUGGAUGUCAUAAAGGCGUGUGUUGGGACAAAAUUUAUUGGUCGGUGGUCUGAUUUGGCAUGUUCUAUAGCAUUGCAGGCUGUGGAGACAAUAACACUGGAAGAAAAUGGUCGCCGAGAAGUUGACAUAAAGCGUUAUGCAAAAGUAGAGAAGAUUCCCGGUGGAAGUAUUGAAGAGUCUCUUGUUCUUCGAGGUGUUAUGGUGAAUAAAGAUGUUACUCACCCAAAAAUGCGACGCUAUAUAAAAAACCCCAGGAUUGUCUUACUUGACUGUGGUUUGGAAUACAAAAAGGGUGAAAGUCAGACGAGUGUUGAAAUCAUGAAGGAAACUGAUUUCACAAGAAUUUUGCAACUGGAAGAAGAGUAUGUACAGAAGUUUUGUAAUGAUAUUAUCGCAGUAAAACCAGAUCUGAUAUUCACAGAAAAAGGAAUCUCUGAUCUUGCUCAGCAUUAUCUUUUGAAGGCAGGAAUAUCAGCAAUUCGUCGUGUUCGAAAAACUGAUAACAAUCGCAUUGCACGUGCGUGUGGUGCUACUAUUGUGAACCGCACUGAUGAACUAAAGGAAGAUGACGUGGGAACAAAAGCGGGUCUUUUCGAAAUUAAAAAGUUUGGGGAUGAGUACUUCUGUUUUAUCACUGAAUGUGAAGACCCAAAAGCUUGCACAAUAUUGUUAAGAGGUCCAAGUAAAGAUAUUUUAAAUGAAGUGGAAAGAAACCUUCAAGAUGCACUCCACGUAGCUCGUAAUAUUUUGAUUGAGCCAAAGUUAGUACCAGGAGGUGGUGCUGUUGAAAUGGCACUCUCUCAGGCUCUUACAGAGAAAGCGAAGAGUGUACAGGGUGUUGGUCAGUGGCCAUAUCAAGCAGUUGCCCAGGCUCUGGAAGUCAUUCCUCGAACUUUGGCACAAAAUUGUGGUGCAAAUACAAUUAGGACACUGACUGCGUUACGAGCUAAACAUGCCACAGGAGGUUCAACGUGGGGUAUAAACGGUGACACUGGCGAGCUGGCUGACAUGCAUACCCUGGGAAUAUGGGAACCUCUGAGUGUGAAGCUUCAAGUCUACAAAACAGCAGUUGAGACGGCGAUAUUGCUGCUCAGAAUUGAUGAUAUUGUCUCGGGGUCUAAGAAGAAGGAUCGUGAUAGUGAAGUCAAGAAGACUGCUGAACCAACAGAAGAAUCGAUGAAAGAAUGAAGACUCGUUUUUGCACAGUUUGGAAUGCUAGAUUUCCUGCCAGAAGGUUCUAAUUCCUGGUACUGCUUUCUUAGCAGUCUCAUACAGUAUGAAGGAGGACUAAUUCAACUUAAUUUUUAUUGAAUUUGCUUAAUAACUGAUUUUGAUUUGUAAGAAGUUGCAGAUUAGCAUUGUUCGAAAUUGCUUGGAUGUAAUUUAAUGAAAGAUGGGAACAGACUUUUUAAAAACCACUUUAACCCUGCUUAACAUCAGUGAGUUGAGUUAUUGAAAUGUAAGUUGAAUUUACAUGGCAACAUACUACAAUAAUAAAAUUUUCUCACAUAAAA